CUCUCUUAUGAGACAGUGUUCAUAUGUGUAGUACCUAUGUUUUAGCGAUGUAUUUUUCGCGUAUCGAAUAAACUUUUAUAAAUACGAGUACCUACGUGUCAUUCGUACGCUCCAUACUUCUGUAAUUUUGUUAAUAAUUAUACUUGAAUUUUUUCAUUUUUUUAAUCAAAUUUUAAUUUAAUUUAUCUUCCCGAAUAAACUCUCAACAUGAAUGCUGCAAUAGGUUUCGGCUUCAAGUUUCCUUUCAAAUCCAUGGUAGAAAAAUCGAAACCAAUCACUACUUCGAAAAUCGCGAAACAACAAUUGUAUAGCACAUAUUGGAAUACUCAUCGUGUAAAAUCAGUUAUGGUCAAGACCAAUAAUUUCAAAUCUGCUGCUGAUAAUAGUUUAACGCCGGCGCCGAGUCAAUUUUAUUCUACUACGAUAGAAAAUAAUUUAUACCAGACCGUGUCACAUAAAAUCUAUGAUACACGGAAAAUAUUUGAAUCAGUACCACACAAAGUUGACGAUUUCCAAAUAAUACUCAACGGUCCGAAUGUUAAUUUAAUCAAAUCUCUUCCCGAUGAAACUGUUAAGGUCAGUUUCAACGUUAACCAUACAGUGGUUAGAGGAAGAAAUGAAGACCGCUUCAAUAAUUACUGCACAGAAACCCCUCCUCAAUCAAAACCAGAUUUUGAAGUUGAUAUCACGAAAGGGGACACAACUCUACGAUUUGCGUGCUCUUUUUCCAAAACUAAUCUGUUCACAAGUUUCUUCAGAAUUAUAGGACGAGAACGUGAAUGUUUAAUUCGAGAAUUCGCAAUCUAUAGAGAAAAAGAAAAGAAACAAGUUUAUCGAUGUCAAGUAACUCAAAGGGACUCGGAAUUUUAUGACGGUCUGAUAGAUUUAUUUGAAGAGAAAGGCAUCAAUAACAGAUUCCUGAAUCGACUUAAAAUAAUAAGUACAACGCACGAACGAAGAUGUUAUAUUGAUUCGUUAAAAGAUCUCGAAGAAUUCUCAUCGACGCGUAGCAGUUAUCGCUAAGUGUUUUCAUAAAAAUGCCACAAUGAGCCGGUCAAGAGCCAACGCAUGGUAUCAACUAUUUUUGAGUUUUUUUUCAUAAAUAUGCAUUUGUGAGCAAAUUUUUAAAAUUUUAUUUAAUACGCAAAUUUAAUAAGACUUUUAUGUAGGCUGAGGUAUUCUUGAAUGAGUAGGUAUUUAUUUUACGCUUAGUUAUAUUGAAGGUGCAAAUUAAUUUUUGAAAAAUGUUUUGAGAAAGCCUUCUAUUGUACUACUUACUUGACUAGGUACCUAUAUUUUAAACUUCCACACUGCACAAUCUAUAAUGUUUGUAUUACUCAUUAAGUAAAUAAAUACCCAUUACCUAGGUA